AUGGCGUUCUGCACAUUCCAGGCAACCUUUAUCGCAGUCAAGGAGCCGAAGUCAGGCCCUCGCUCCAAGAGCGCGGGGGCAAAUGUGCCGCGACAACCUUGCCCCGAGACCUCCUAUGUGGAGAGCUUGGAGAAGCGAGCCUCGGCCUUGACUUUCCUGGAAGCUCCAUCACAGGGGAGCGCAGGGCACCCGCAGCUUUGCAACAAGCCCUGCCUGUUCCUGACUUAUGGUGCGUGUCCCCGUGGCGCAAGGUGCAACUUCUGCCACUUGCCUCACCCAAAUCAAGCCAAGCUCGGAAGGUCGGAUGGCGAGCUGCUCAGGCGGCUAGGCGAGGCGGAUCUUUUGGCAUUGAUACUCCCACACCUUCGUGCCAAGAAGAUCCAAGGCAGCGAUCCUUUGCUGGGCCUCAUGGAGGCUCACCUGGCAUCUCUCGCCGCGGCUCCUUCCCAGAUUCGGGGGCUUGCAAAGGCUCAGCUUUCGCCAGCUCGUGUUCCUCUCCUCACGCGGACCUGGAGUGCCUGGAGUGCCUGGAGUGCCUGGAGUGCCUGGAGUGCCUGGAGUGCCUGGAGUGCAGGCAGCCUUGGAAGCGCUGAAGUCGUGCAGCGCCGCAGUCUUUUUCAAGUGAGAAUCGGCCAGUGA